CCCUAAUCCACACUGCUCACUGGGGGCUUAUGUCCCCUUCCUGUCUUGGAGACUUCACCCAGGCACUUCACCUGCUUUUUUUAUAGACCUGGGAGCCUCCUUGGCGAUACCGGGGUGCUCGAGAACUGGAGUCCCAGCAAGAAGGGGCUCCCCAUUAAGGCAGAGCAGAUGGGAUGAGCCGGCAGGUGGUUCGCUCCAGCAAAUUCCGCCACGUGUUUGGACAGCCAGCCAAGGCUGACCAGUGCUAUGAGGAUGUGCGAGUCUCACAAACCACCUGGGACAGUGGCUUCUGCGCUGUCAACCCCAAGUUCAUGGCUCUGAUCUGUGAGGCCAGCGGGGGAGGGGCCUUCCUGGUGCUACCCCUCGGCAAGACUGGACGAGUAGACAAGAACGUGCCCCUGGUCUGCGGCCACACUGCCCCUGUGCUGGACAUCGCCUGGUGUCCACACAAUGACAACGUCAUUGCCAGUGGCUCCGAGGACUGCACAGUUAUGGUGUGGGAGAUCCCGGAUGGGGGCCUGGUGCUGCCCUUGAGGGAGCCUGUCGUCACCUUGGAGGGCCACACCAAGCGGGUUGGCAUUGUGGCCUGGCACCCCACAGCCCAGAAUGUACUGCUCAGCGCAGGUUGUGACAACGUGAUCCUGGUGUGGGAUGUGGGCACUGGGGCAGCCGUGCUGACGCUGGGCCCGGAUGUGCACCCGGACACAAUCUACAGCGUGGACUGGAGCCGGGACGGCGCUCUCAUCUGUACCUCCUGCCGCGACAAGCGUGUCCGCAUCAUCGAGCCCCGCAAAGGCACUGUUGUGGCUGAAAAGGACCGGCCCCACGAGGGAACUCGGCCAGUGCACGCUGUGUUUGUGUCAGAAGGGAAGAUUCUAACCACGGGCUUCAGUCGCAUGAGUGAGCGGCAGGUGGCGCUGUGGGACACAAAGCACCUGGAGGAGCCACUGUCCCUUCAGGAGCUGGACACAAGCAGCGGGGUCCUGCUACCUUUCUUUGACCCUGAUACCAACAUUGUCUACCUCUGUGGCAAGGGUGACAGCUCGAUCCGGUAUUUUGAGAUCACUUCCGAGGCUCCGUUCCUGCAUUAUCUUUCUAUGUUCAGUUCCAAGGAGUCUCAACGCGGUAUGGGCUACAUGCCCAAACGUGGCCUGGAAGUGAAUAAGUGUGAGAUUGCCAGAUUCUAUAAGCUUCAUGAGCGGAAAUGUGAGCCCAUUGCCAUGACAGUGCCUAGAAAGUCGGACCUGUUCCAGGAGGACCUGUAUCCACCCACUGCAGGACCCGACCCUGCCCUCACAGCUGAGGAGUGGCUGGGUGGUCGGGAUGCUGGCCCCCUCCUCAUUUCCCUCAAGGAUGGCUACGUGCCCCCAAAGAGCAGGGAGCUGAGGGUCAACAGGGGCCUGGACAGCACUCGCAGAAGAGCUACGCCGGAGCCCAGUAGCACUCUUAGCUCGGACACUGUGUCACGGCUGGAGGAGGAUGUGAGGAAUCUGAACGCCAUAGUGCAAAAGCUACAAGAGCGCCUGGACAGGCUGGAGGAGACUGUUCAGGCCAAGUAGAAGACCCCAGAGUCCUCACUGGGCCAGCCAUUCCCUCUGCUCCCACCCGACCCUCAGGCCAUAUGGUGAAUAAGACGACAAUAAUAAAACGCCUUUAUUUUCUGGUA